AUGUUGAUGCAAGUGUCGCAAAGUUCCUUGACGAUAAUCGCUUUUGCUAAUAGGUAAUUAUUCUAACGGAAAGAGUUUUGCAGUGAUACAAGAAUUUUCCACUUAACCUAUUAACGAUCAUGUGUAUAAGUCAAUGUUUGCGUUAUUAUUAAACUCGUUUUAUGAUAUCUUUUUCAGUGCAGUGCGAAGAAGAAGUGUUUGUUUUUUGAAAAAAUGUAGCUUUUCCUCUCAAAAGACAAUUAAUAAUAAUAUAACACGAAAAUCAAUCGUCACACCAUUUCCUCCGCUAACUCAGCCAGUACCUAACUUGCCUAAAGCAGUUUAUGCCACUGCUAAAGAGGAACAUCAGGUUACCAAAGUAACAGUUUUAUCAAAUGGAUUGAAAGUUGCCUCGGAAAAUCGAUUUGGCCAAUUUUGCACAGUAGGCAUCUACCAAAACUUAUAAGAAUAAAGACGAGAUAAUGCUGGCGUUAGAGAAACAUGGAGGCAUAUGUGAUUGUCAAGCAUCCAGGGAUACAUUUGUCUAUGCAGCAUCAGCUGAACGUCGUGGAUUGGAUACUGUUGUACAAAUUCUGGGUGAUAUUGUUUUAAGGCCUCAAAUUACACAGGAGGAGGCUGCAUAUAGAAAUAACACCCUUGGACUGCCAAAGAUUUGUCCAAAAGAAAAUGUUGAUCAUAUAGAUAGAAAAAUAUUAUUUGAGUAUUUAAAAUGUCAUUACACGCCACAUAGGAUGGUAGUAGCUGGAGUUGGUGUAGAGCACGAGGAUCUCGUUUCAGCAGUUCAAAAAUAUUUUGUUGAAGAAAAAUCGAUCUGGGAGGAAGAAGAGGGAGGGCAAGUACAAAAUGACUCCGUAGGAAAACGUGUAAAUACAGUUGACACUUCGAUUGCUCAAUAUACUGGAGGUUACAUACUAGAAGAAUGUAAUGUUCCCGUAUAUGCAGGACCCAGUGGUCUACCAGAAUUGUCGCAUGUCGUAAUAGGCUUGGAAGGCUGUUCUCAUCAGGACUCGAAUUUUGUAGCAAUGUGCGUUUUAAAUAUGAUGAUGGGAGGUGGUAGUAGUUUCAGUGCUGGUGGUCCAGGAAAGGGAAUGUAUACUCGUCUGUAUACAAACGUACUUAAUAGAUAUCACUGGUUGUACAGUGCAACUGCGUAUAAUCACGCGUACGCCGACACAGGACUGUUUUACAUUCACGCAUCUUGUACACCAUCUCAUGUCAGAGACAUGGUGGAAGUGAUCGUGCACGAGAUGGUUACUAUGACAAACAAUAUUACGGAUAACGAGUUAGCGAGAGCAAAGAAACAAUUGCAGUCUAUGUUACUCAUGAAUUUGGAACAAAGACCGGUUGUAUUUGAAGAUAUUGGAAGACAAGUUUUAGCAACUGGUUCUAGGAAACGACCAGAAUACUUCAUAAAAGCAAUUGGUACUAAUGAGAUAUCAAAAGACGAUGUAAAAAGUGUGGCACAUCGUUUACUUAAAUCACCGCCUAGUGUAGCAGCUCGAGGGGAAGUAAAAACUGUUCCUUCAAUCCGAGAUAUUCAAGCUGGAUUAAUUGAUGUGCAAGGCAGAUUACCCGGCUCCCGUAGCAGAUUGUCACUUUUUCGUUAA